AUGUUUAAGGAGGUGCAGAUAUUAAAGGCCUUAGUUCUGGGAGAGGAGGAAAGAGGCCAAAGCCAGUAUCAGGUCAUGUGCUUCGUCAACCACAUUGACAAAAUGGAGUUUAUAUCACCUGACGCCAUGGCCAAACUAAGACAGAAAAACCCUGGCACAGUGCGGACGCCAGAGGAGGACCGGGGCCGGGAGAACAUGACUAUGGAGCUGUUUGUAGACGUGGCACGUGCCGGAGUCAUCUCUAGACACGUGCCGGUGUUGUGUGCCGAGGCCAGCGAUGCUACAUACACCCGACGUGCCGACAUAGACAUGUGGAGUCAGCUACCAGGUUCCUCUAAAGCGUCGUUGUUGGCAGCAGUGAGAGAAUACAACGGUUUGGUGCCUCCACCGCAGAGAUGUCUAGAGACCCAUGCGCCGUGGCAAGCCUGUACUUGUCACCUGGAGCUGUGCAUUGGCUGGUACCCCUGCGGCCUCAAGUACUGCAGGGGGGCCAACCCGCGUACAGCCAACUACAGGUGUGGCAUCCGCACGUGUCGCAAGUGUAGUCUCUACCUCUACUACGUCCGUCAGAAGCAACUCUGUCUGUGGGAUGAAUGACCCUCGUAGUAAAUGAACACUUCACCGGUGACUGGUAGUAAAUGAACACUUCACCGGUGACUGGUAGUAAAUGAACACUUCACCGGUGACUGGUAGUAAAUGAACACUUCACUGGUGACUGGACGGUUUUGUACUAGUUUCUGUAGACUUUACCUGUAACUGUGAGGUGAGAA